GUAGCUGGGUGUGAAGAUGGCGGACGAGGAGGCCGAGCAGGACCGUAGUCCUGCGAAUGGUAUCCGUGAAACGAUUGAGGAGCUCAGACAACGGUUGCAAGGACUUCAAGAAGUCGUGGUUAGAGAAAGCGACAACUCCACGGACCACUCCUCCUCUGAGUACUGCCAAGAGUUUUGUAGGACGCUGUUGGAGUAUGCAGGCCGUUGGAGGAUAGAGGAAGAGCCUUUACCGCUGGUGGAAGUGUACAUCGUCGCUCUGCUCAGUUAUGCCCAGGCCUCACCGUACCUCUCCCUGCAGUGUGAAAAUGUUCCUCUUGUGGUUGAGAGGCUCUCACUGAGCUUUCUUGAGCUUUUGCUCUCGCUGAAGGAGGAUGUUCCAGAUGGCUUAUGGAAAGAAUUCAGUUCAUCUGUGCAGCUUGCUCACAGCAAGCUUAAGGAAAAUGGAAUCGCACAGCUGUCACCGCUGUCUGUUUUGGGCCAGUAUGAUGGUGUCUGGACCAACAGCAUCCUGCAAGGCCUUCUAUCGAAUGAGAACCUUCAGGCAGAACAAGUUGAGGAGUUCCUGGUGCAGGAGGGGCUGGUCCUGUUGGAGAUGAGAGUAAAGCAACUCAUGAAGGAUAAGCAAAUAGGGAAGGCUGCACUGCUGGCAAAGACCUGCUCUGACUGUUCUGCCUUCCAAGGGAAGGGAUCUUUCAAGCAGAUGUACCUCGUCUGCCUCUGUGCUACCUCAGAACAAAAUCAGCUCAUGGAAGAGCUUUCCAAGGAGGACUGCCGCGACGCAUUAGAGAUGAUCUGCAACCUGGAGUCAGACGGAGAUGAUAUGGCAGCUUUUACCUUAUGCUCAGCCUUCCUGACCCGCCAGCUUCUCCAAGGAGACAUGUACUGUGCUUGGGAGCUCACUCUGUUUUGGAGCAAGCUGCUGAAGCGAUUGGAGCCAUCGGAGCAGGCCUUCCUUGACAGAUGCCGUCGGAUGUCUUUACUUUCCAAAACUGUGUACCACAUCCUGUUCCUCAUCAAGGUCAUCCAGUCAGAGAUUGACCAUGUUGGCCUGCCAGUGUGCAUCGAAAUGUGUAUAAGGGCUCUACGGAUGGACUCAGAAGAUGGAAACACGAAAGCCACUGUGUGUAAAACUAUUUCCUGUUUGCUCCCUACUGACCUCGAAGUGAAGCGAGCUUGCCAGCUUACAGAGUUCCUCUUGGAACCCACAGUGGAUUCAUACUACGCUGUGGAGACUCUAUACAAUGAACCAGAUCAAAAACUAGAGGAGGAAAAUAUGCCUGUUCCCAACUCUCUACGCUGCGAGCUCCUGCUAGUGUUUAAAACCCAGUGGCCCUUUGACCCUGAGUUCUGGGACUGGAAAACACUUAAACGUAAUUGCUUGGCGCUAAUGGGUGAAGAGGCUUCAAUAGUGUCAUCCAUUGACUUGCUGAAUGACACUGAGAGCCCUGACGAAGACGAAGACACCAUGAGUCUGAAGGGAUAUAAUAACAUCCCAGACCACAUCGUCAGCGGCACCUAUGAACUUACGGAUAUCACUGACAGGAAACAGAAAAACAGAGAAAUGAAGAAACUGAGGGAAAAGGGUUUCAUUUCUGCCAGGUUCAGAAACUGGCAGGCAUACAUGCAGUACUGUGUGCUGUGUGACAAAGAGUUUCUUGGUCACAGGAUUGUACGCCAUGCACAGACUCAUCUAAGCGGUGGAAUAUAUACCUGCCCAAUAUGUGCUCAAACUUUUACCUCAAAAGAUACAUUUAUUCCUCAUGUCACAUCACAUGUUAAACAGUCAUGCAAGGAAAGGCUGACGGCGAUGAAAACAAACAAGAAACUGGCUAAUCCCAAAACAGCCGCCCCCGUUAUUGCAGCCUUAAAGGCUAAAACAGAAAAUGAACUUCAUGGAAACAGUGAUUCCAUAGGACAAAAUGGGGUCCUGAUUCAAAAUGUUCAGGCCAAAGUGGGAAGGUGUGUCACAGAAAUCAGUGAGGAAAACAUGUGCCCUGUUGGACAAUGCAGAAGGAGCUUCAAAUUUUUCAAAAAUCUUAUUGCACAUGUUAGAGCUCAUGGGGACAACGAGGAAGCAAAGACUUUCCUUGAAAUGCAGAGCAAAAAAGUUGUUUGCCAGUACUGCCGUCGCCAUUUUAUUAGUGUCACCCAUCUUAAUGAUCAUCUACAGGUCCACUGUGGGGUAAAGCCUUACAUCUGUAUACAGUUGAGCUGCAAAGCAAGUUUUCUAUCCAACACUGAACUCCUCAUACAUAGAAAAACACAUCCUGUUUUCAAAGCUAAAUGCAUGUUUCCAAAUUGUGGAAAAAUUUUCAAUGCCGCCUUCAAACUGUAUGACCAUGAGGCACAACAUUAUAAAACGUUCACUUGUAAAAUUGUGGACUGUGGAAAGGUUUUCCAUUCACAACAACAGCUGGAUUUGCACCAGGAGAGACAUGCUAUACAAGAAGAGGAAAGUUCGUCAUCUGAGCAGACUUCCCAAAAUAUGCAAGCUGGGCCAUCACUUGUUGAACAAAUGCUUUCCAGUCACUCUACCAUCAAACAAGAAAAUUACCAAGAUAACUGGACCACUGAAAGUGCUGUUAAUCCGGAUCAUGGAAGGCUGUCCAUGUCCAUCGACAGUUUGCUGAAAUCUUCGCAAGAACCAGUGGAAAGCUUAGGACAAUAUGAAAUCAAACGUGAACCACAAAAUACGGCUUUUUCAACUAGUCAGACACAGAGUUUAACUAAUUCUGUGAUUCAGUCUGUGCAUUCCCACCUGUCUGAACCUAACAGACACAGAGAUGAUUCAGGACCUCAUUCUUUUGAUUACAUGAGACCACCCCAACAGAAUCAACCGGUACCUUCAUUUGAAGCCAAUUUAGGUAAUGUCUUGCAAAACCAGCCACAAAUGUUCCCCACUAAUGUAAAUACUGAAGCAGUUGUUUACAACUCUAACUGUAACUUACCUUUGCCAGUACAGCAAGGCUCAAUGUGUAUGAGUAAUCUGUUACCAAUACCACCACCGCAGAACUCCAUGGAGCCAGCAAUGUCGCAACCGCUCCCCCCAACAGUAAGCGUUCAGCAGCUACCUGGGAACAGACCAGAGAACUCUGUAACCUCCUCAAGUAGCAUCGUUCCCCCUCCAGAACAGAGAGAACGAUUUCACUGUCCGUUUGAAACGUGUACCAGGCACUACAGCUCUUACAGAAGUGUUACCAAGCACAUGAAAGCAGUUCACCCAGACUUCUAUGAGCAAUGGAAAGUUGUCCGAACUAAAAUCAAGACAUCUUACGGUCCUGCACCGAGCACAUCAUCUGUUGGGCAUCUAAAUUCAGUGUCAUUGCUUCAGAACCAGCAGGCUAACAGAGUACCAGUUCAGGGAGUUCAGAGGCAGAAUGUCAUCCAAUCACCUCCGUAUACUAACAUGGGUCCAAGCGCAAACUAUAAUGCAAUACAUUCGCUUGCCCCUUCUUCCCGCAGCCAGAAUGGUUCAGUACUAAUGGCAAAUGUUUUGAAUCCCAUUGUUCUCUCUCAGUUAGGGAAUGAUAGAAAUCCAACUGCACAGUCCCAAGUUUCAGACACUCAAAACUGGCACUCAGUCACUGCAAGUGGACAGAUGCAUAACCGUAGCGCUUCCCAAGGCUAUCCAUCUGAUAUACAAGUGAUGCCACAAGUUGAUUCUACCAGUGCUGCUCUGCCAGUUAGUGUCCCAUCUUGCUCUAUGAUGGGCACAACAAUGAACAGACCAGCAGAGUCCUUGCAGUCACCACUGAUGGACAGUAGACCCCAGUCCGUUCUUCACUCGUACUUAAAUGGCGCAAAGGAGGUUUCACAACAAGCAGAAGCUCUUCCGCCUUAUACAUCACAGAUGCAAAGCAGUUUAGUCUCUGGUACGCAGACACCAGAUAAAACACAGAUGAUGCAAAAUCAUGCACAGUCGACAUUUCCUUCUCCAGACGAUGCAAGCCACAACAGUAACAAUCAACCUCAAAAUGGCUCAGUCAUCUCGGGAAUUUCUCCUGAAAAUCAAAAGCUAGCCAGAAGGAGCAGAAGGACCAAAUGGCCAGCAAUUAUUAAGGAUGGCAAAUUCGUUUGCCGCAGGUGUUUUAGACAAUUUGAUAGUCCUAAAUCCCUUGGAGGUCAUUUGUCCAAGCGCUCAAUUUGCAAACCCUAUGGAGAGUCAGAACUGAACUCCGACUUGCCAAGUUCAUUUCUUGAUCUUCUUAAUUCAGAGCAAAGUGUUAGCACCUCUCAGCCACAGCUGUCUUAUAUUCCUGCUCCUGUGUAUCAGGAGAAACCUCAUCAGUCAGUAGCAAGUGUUUCAGCUGCAGAAAAAGAUUAUUCCGCUACUAAUUAUCCACAAGAUAACUUGCCAACAUAUGGGAAUGGUGACUCAAAUGAUGAUAUUCUGAAACAAAUCAUGGCUGAGUCCAACAUGUCUGAUCUUUUUGUGCACACUUCAUCCCAGAUGUUGUUCCAAAAUCCUUGCGUUCCGUAUGGACCUGGUGAGCGUUUGCCAGGAAGCUCUGUAAUACAGCAUACAGAAAAUAUCCAGAUGAAGCGUGAAGAUACCUCGUAUAGUACAGCCCAUUAUCCUCAGCAAAGUGUUGAUACAUUUGCUGGAAGUGAAUUCCCUGACCCGCUUCUUUCUCAAAUCCUCACAGAUAACCCUCCCCCUGCUGUUCCAGGCGGUGCUCCCACUAACCACAUGGCUCCCGGGGAAAUCCAUGGUGAAGGGUACCACUCUGAGACAGCUAUUCAGGUACCAGAUGCAGAUUCAAACUUGGUGACCCCAACGCUGUUAUCUGAUAGUCAGCUCAGUCCAGCAACAAGUGGGAAGCAGGCUGAGAUGACAAGGAAGACAGAGCAAGAUAUAAAAAAGAGACUGCGAGAGCAGAUUUUGGCUGGCGACUUUCAACGCAGAAACAGCAUGUGUCAUUCUGGCAACACUGACCCUAAAGUCAGUCCAAUGUCUUUUGGCCCAGCAUGUAGCCCUUCCAAUAUUUCUGGAUUUUAUCGAUUGUCUCAUGACCCCAAGAACGAUUCAGCUAGUCAAGGACAGGUCAUUCAAGGAAAUUCUGUCAUCAUCCCUAGCACUUCUGGCGAUAUUGAGGGACUUCUGAACACACAAAGCUUUACUUGCUUCAGAGAGACUGCGACGCCACAGCAGGAGGUACUGAGCCCAAUAGGCAUUAUGGCAAAUGAUCCAGAUUCUGAACCCUCUCAGUUAUCAGUCAGACAGCAACAGGGUAUGACAGAAAUUCAAACUGCAUUUGAAAAGCUUGACUUGGUUAGAGAAAAUCCUGAUAGGAUGUCAGCGUCUAUUCAGCAACAUAGCGCUCCUACUAACAUUCAGACUGGAUCUGUAAAAGUCGAGCCACGUAGCUCGCAGCCCCCAGUGUUUGUCAAACCAUAUGCUUGUGACAACUGUAGAUUCAGCACCAUGUCUGCUGAAGCACUUUGGAAACACCUCUCCAAAGCACACGGCUACACAAUUGAAAUGGUGAAUGUGGUUAAAAAAAGGUACGGCCAGUAUGCUCCUUUUAAGUGUCAGAAAUGCCAUAAGUCAUUCACUCGUAACUCAAACCUUCGCACUCACUACCUGUCAGUUCACAAAUUGCCAGCUGAAGAAAUUGCAGAACUGGAUUUGAAACGUAGGCUGGCCAAAGAUGCUGCUGCUCAAAACCAGGCUGUUGGUGUAAACCAGGCUCCCACAGUUCAAACCACAGCAACUACUCAUUCAUCAGUGAACAGGACACAUCUGUAUUCGCCCCCAGGUGCAGUGAAUCGCGAGUAUCCACCACAGGCGUUUGUACCAUGUACUAAUGCAGACAUUACCCAUCGUAAAUGUCAAGAUGAAAAUCGCUCCACAGUCAUUCAUCCUUUGCAAGCUGCUCCCAUGCACAAUCAAGUAAUGACUCCAUCAGCACAGGCCCAGACUUCUACAACCAACUUUCAGUCAGUACAAGCAGGGAUGGCGGCUGAACAGUGGUCACAUGAACAGCAAAGAAAUUUGCCCAAGUUGCCCACUCAAUGUCAACUGAGUCAGAAAGUUGGAAUUCAUUUGCCCAGAGUGUCAGUUCUUCUCACCCAGGCUCUGUGUGCUCCACCUCAAGCUAAACCGCCUCAGUCUCUCGACACACAGGCUGAUCUCAAUAAGCAGGCAAUAAUUCAGCCAAGUAUAGACAUUAACAAGAAGUCUAAAGAGAAGAAACCCAAAUCAGGCAGCACCAUGAGUCCAUACAGACCUUAUCGCUGUGUCCAUCAAGGCUGUGUGGCAGCUUUUACCAUCCAGCACAAUCUGAUCCUCCACUACAGGGCUGUUCACCAGUCGGCUUUGUCAGCACUGGAGGUGAACAAAGAGCAGGACCAGAGUGAGGGAGUGGAUGAAUUGAUGGACCACGAUGAGGAGGAGCCAGAACCAGAGUUCCCUCGAAUCUCUGAAUUCAGAUGCCAAGUCAAAGACUGCUGCUGUGUUUUCCAAGAAGUUCCCAGCCUUUUCCAGCACUAUCUCCAGCUACAUGAAUUCAGUCUCAAUAAGGUUGGGGAUCUCUUAGGCGGCAUCAAGCUCGGCAAGUUUACUUGUGGCCACCAAGGAUGUACAGAAUCCUUCACUGCUUUCUGGAAGUAUAUAGGACAUGUCAAAGAAAUGCACAAAGAUUUAAAACUAUCCAAAGCUGAACAAUUAAAUGGUACAUUUAAGUGUGAAAUUGAAGGCUGUGACCGUUCCUAUGCCACAAAGUCAAACCUACUCAGACAUGUCAUGAAAAAACAUCAGGACCUGUACCAGACUAAACUAAAAAAUCAACAGAUAAAAGAUGAUGGUGCAAAACAGAACUCAAAGACUUUGCAUUACCAAAUUACUAAGACAAGUAACGGGAAAGAAAACAUUGAGAGCAAUAAAAAGAUCCUACCAAGGGAAAGUGACACAAAGAGAGUUGGCAAAUCCAAGAUCAAUCACUGGACUAAGUACGGAAAACCCUCGUUGAAAUCUAAAGUGGAAGCAGCUGCAAUGUGCACUAAGAAAUUUCCUCUACAGUACCCUUGUAUGAUCAAAGGUUGUGAUUCAGUCAUGAACUCAGAGCGGAGCAUACUGAAACAUUACGUGGGACACGGUUUGUCAGAAAAAUACUUGGAACAACAGAGGAGCUGCUUCAUAUUCUGCAAAAAGUUCCCCAGGCAGAAAUUUCGUUCCAGGAGCGAUGACUCCAAAUCAGACAACACCUCGGACCUGUCGGACAACGAGGUGACGGCAGACCCCGACCUGGAAGGAGGAGAAUACGAACAUUCAAAGCCUGUCCUGCGCAGAAGAACCACAACCUUGUUCGACAGCAAACUGUCAAAUGAUGAAAGCUCUAAUGGCUCUGUGGUGGUCAAACGCAAGCGGGGACGUCCACGAAAGUUUGAAAAAGUAGUGAAAUCCAAGAAAAUACCACGUACCGCAAAGUCGGAUGAGGUUCGCAGCAAAGACGAAGGAUCAGUUGCCUUGUGCCCUGCAGCAGUGCAGGAGGAGAAGACUGAGCAGAGCACUCCGCUCUCCUCAUUUAAGCCAAUGGGAUUUGAAAUGUCGUUCUUAAAAUUCUUGGAACAGUCAAACAAAUCUGAACACACCAUGAUAAGCAAAGUUCCUGUGAUAGAACGGUGUAAGAUUCCACCAAACCUGUACAUCAGAGACACGUGUGUCAGGUUCAGCAACCGUCAGAAUUUGAAAUCCCUCAGCAAUGUUAGAUUAAAUCUAGAUGCGGCCUUUUUAGGUGUCUCAAACCUUAUGUUGAAACAGCUGCAGGACAUGCGGCCUGCAGUGGUUUUGGAAAAAUAUGAUUAGUGUUUUUUGUUGUUUUGUCUUUCUUUUCUUUUUUUUUAAAGCAGAAUCUCAGGACUUGAAUGAGUAAAAUCUGCUGCAGACUGGUGCCCUACAUACAAAAUGUUUUUUUACACCUCAAAUUGUUUUCAAAAAGUUGUUCUGAGUUGUACAGUAAUAUCUGUACAAAUUGUUUUUUUAAUAGAAAAUUGUAAAGCAUGUUUUUAAAUAUGGACAAUAAAUUGAAAAAGAAAAUUUUGCUCAAAGAGACAUUAUGACAUGAGCUUGUGGUGUCCUAAUUAUCCCUGUGGGACUUGGAGACAAAUGGAUUAAGAAAGUGAUUGUAAUGUGUGUAGUUUGUGAAGAUGUUCAUUAUUGUGUGUUGUGUAUAUAGUUUGAAAUCACCCACUGCCACCAGCAGUCUUACUAUUAAAGUUUUUUGUAUGACUA